GCGCCGCGACUGCAAGGAGAGCACCUGCCGGCCUUUCAGGUCGAUCGAAAUAAGACGAAAAAUAAAUAAAUAGAAAUACAAAAAUAAACACGAUAUUUACAAAUCAAUCCAAAAUUAAAUAGCUGAAUUUUAUUAUCAGGAGAUCCAAAAACGUGUGUUGUAAAUGACACGUGUCAGAUUUCCUUCUUGAACCAACCUUUUCAAAAUCUAAUCGUGAUUGUAUCCAGAUUAAUAAAAAAGAAUUCUUGCAAGAAAUUAAGCUUUACUUGACUUUUUUGAGUGUGAGUGGAGUGGUCAAGUUUAAAAUUAUAGAAUUCAGAGACCAAUUGCAAAUUUAGAAAGAGUUGUGUAGGAAAAGUAAAGGGAGCAAAAAGCUGCAAGGAGAGCCCUGAUGCCGAGUUGAACCACGUGCGAAUAUUGUAUCCAUCGCGAAGAACCAGAAGAGUUCUCAAGAGUGAAACUCUGUGAAAAGAGGGAGGGAAAAAUAAAAAAGAGGUGAUAAGGGAAAUUAAAUUUUUUGCAAGAUUGUCGUGUGUUGUGGUCGAAAAAGGGAAGCGACAUCGGGCCCGGAUGCUCGCAAGAACGAGACGCCGAAGACGCAGUCACGUUGGAAGGGAAAAUAUUGACGGCCGUCAACAAGUUUCUGACGACAUCCCCUUUGAUUAACAAAGUCAAGCUCCUUAUGACACGUCAGAGCAGUGGUGUCGGGGACAACAACGAAGAGGAGGAAGCGGGUGGUUCGUCAACAAAGACGUUGACGCCUACGACACCCCCAGCUGGAAGAGGGCCAACAGAAAUUAUGGGGUCCAUUCGUGCUGUUAUAAUGGAUUCCAGUUGUAAUGCUAGACUUCGAAGUCCUGAAGAACAUCGAGUGGAUGCAAUAUUGCAACGAGAAUCUGGGGGAUCCACUUCUACUUCAGUUUCCGCAAUUCCAUCCGCAUCAGGGAUUUCCGCCAGAAUUUCUACUAGCGUCCUUUUUACCCUUCCGGCGACGCCUGAGCGGUUAGUCUCAAAGAAGAUGCCAACCAUUUCCAAGUCUCAAAUGAAGGAAUUCAGAGAAGCCUUCAGGCUCUUCGAUAAAGAUGGAGAUGGCAGCAUCACGAAGGAGGAACUUGGUCGGGUGAUGCGUUCCCUUGGCCAGUUUGCGAGAGCAGAAGAACUCAGAACGAUGCUUCAGGAAAUAGAUAUCGAUGGUGAUGGAAACGUGAGCUUCGAGGAGUUUGUGGAAAUUGUCAGCAAUAUAGGAGGAGAGAGUGCAGCCGCACCUACUGAUCAAGAUCAAGAAGAACAAGAACUGAGAGAUGCCUUUCGGGUUUUCGACAAGCAUAAUCGAGGGUAUAUCACAGCCUCCGAUCUGAGAGCUGUUCUUCAAUGUCUGGGCGAGGAUCUUUCCGAAGAAGAAAUUGAGGAUAUGAUAAAGGAAGUCGACGUUGAUGGCGACGGACGAAUCGAUUUUUAUGAAUUCGCACACGCCUUAGGCGAGCCAGGAAUAGAUGAAGACGAGGAAGACGAAGAAGAGGACCCUCAAUCGCCCACAUUCUGAAGACCUGAUUAUCUUCUUCAGUCUCUCUAAUCCUCAAACGAUACGAAUCAAAGCACUUGUCAGCGAAGCAAUAUCUCACCAGUAUCUUAUAUCAUCUUAUCUCAAAAUUAUCAAUUUUCCUUCUUCGGAAAUUUUUGAAAAUUCUUUUAUAGCUAAACUUUAUCUGGUAUGGAACUUCUUGGUUUUAAAUUUGAAUGCAGAAUGCCUAACAGAGAUGUGCUCACAUUUAUUUUAUACGGAUGCUCAAAUAACUCAGUUUAAGAUUAUUCUAAUUUAUAUUAUUCACGUUUAAAUUUUUCAGAAGUCUUGGAAAAGUUGAUUUCAAUUAGAAAAGUUGUGUUUUGUUUAGUAAUUAGUUACUUUUUUGGUAACGUUACUUUUAUAAAUAAGCAGAGAGCGGAUGAGCGCAUCUCUGCUAUGAAGCUUUGCCGCUGGUCUAUUUGAAUGUGAGAGACUAGCUGCGCUCAUGAGCUAACUUUGCAGUCGCAAAAAUCCGCUCUCUAUAAAUAGGUAACGAAUUCGUAACUAGUUUAAAAAAUGUCAGUUGCAGUAACUAAAAAACUAGUUUAUUUUUUAUUUUUCACUGUUUAAAUUGUGACAAAUUUCGAAAAAUUAUUGCUGUUAAAAAUAAACGAAGAAUAGACAGGGCUACCACAGUCGGAUUUACUUUAAAAUAGUAACCUAUUUAAAAUGAAUAGUUAAAAAUGACUCAUUUACUAUUCAGUUGAAAAGAAUGCGCUAAAUUUUAUAAGAAUUCUAACUAAAUUUAAACGAAUUUAGGAUAAAAUUAAAAAUUAAACAAUGAGUUUAUGAAUUAAAUAAAAUUCAAGUGAAUUGAGAGGUAUUCAAGGGAAAUAAAACCAAUUCGGUGAAAAUCGUGAAAAUUGAAGUAAAUAGAAAAAAAUCUAAAAUAUUCCAAUGAUUUCAGUAAUAUUAGUGUGAAUUUAGAAUAAUUUAACGGAAUUCGAGAGAAUUUGAUUAAAAUCAUAAGAAAUUGAAAUAAUAUAAUUGCACAAAAGUAUUACAUAAAAAAAUUUCCGCUGAGGAUGGCACAGCAUUCAGGAAGAAUUCAAAAGACUUUAGUUAAGUUAACAACAAAAAAUAAUAAAUAAAAUUCGAGUGAAUUUAGAGAAAUUUGGAGAAAAUAAAACGAGGGACUUUUAAAAAUCA